ACCAACAUUACACCCGCGCCCAUUAGGUUUUUUUUGCACUUUACGUACAAGAUUACAAAAAUGAAUAUCGUUUCCCUGUUAUUGGACACUCUAAACAAAUCAUAAUUUAAAUAAUUAUUAAAACGUGAUCUCCGUUUUGGCGCAUUUUUUCGCUUGUUACCGCUGAUCAACCCAGUUGUGCUACCGCUGACUUUUGUCGAAUUUUGUUGGUUAUGUUCCUUUAAACGGCGAAAAAAGCAUGUUAAACAUCCGAAAGGUGGUCGUGGGCAUAUCUGGGGGCGUCGAUAGCGCCGUUGCGGCACUUUUAUUGAAAAAACGCGGUUAUGAUAUACAGGGUGUUUUCAUGCAAAACUGGGACAUUGCGGACGAAAAGGGCUACUGUUCGGCUGACGCUGACUACAAAGACGCUGCUCUAGUGUGUGACAAACUGGACAUUAAACUAACUCACGUCAAUUUUGUCAAACAUUACUGGAACGAAGUGUUUAGCAAUUUAAUCAAAGAAUAUGAGACCGGCAACACGCCAAACCCUGACGUUCUAUGCAAUCGUAACAUUAAAUUUAAUUAUUUUUACAAAUACGCGAGAAAUGAGCUAGGGGCUGACGCUAUCGCGACCGGACAUUACGCAAGGACUAGUUUCGGGUCUUAUCUUGAACAUUAUAACCCGGAAAAGGGGGUAAGACUACUAAACGCAGUUGAUUGGUUCAAAGACCAAACGUUCUUCUUGUGCCAAGUCAAUCAAGAAGCUUUGCAACGUACAAUGUUCCCAUUGGGCGAUUUAAUGAAGCCGGAAGUGAAAAAAAUUGCAAGGGAAAACGGACUUGAAAAAAUCGCAAGGAAGAAGGAGAGUAUGGGGAUCUGUUUUAUCGGCAAUCGCAAAUUUCAAGACUUUAUUAGAGAAUAUAUUGAUGAUAAACCGGGCGAUUUCGUGGACGUUGACACUGCGAAAGUCGUGGGUCAACACAAUGGGGUGCACCAGUGGACUUUGGGGCAAAGGGCGCGCCUCCACAGCUACGAAAGCCCUUAUUUCGUGGCCCGGAAAGACGUAGACAAGAACAUAAUUUACGUAGUCAAAGGGACAAAACACCCGUUACUUUACACGAACAUAAUUUUGACCAGUGAGCCCCACUGGAUCCACUCACAGCCCCCUGAUUUACAAAACGGGGUUUUGGAGUGCGAUUUCAAGUUCCAACACACCAAAUAUUGGGUCAAAUGCCAGGUGUGCCAAACAAGUAAAGGACUGAUUAUUAAAGUGAAUAGGUACAAGAGGGCCAUCACUCCGGGACAGUUCGCUGUCUUGUCGAAAGAUGGCGAGUGUCUCGGAGGGGCUCGAAUAAUUAACACGGGAGUUUCACACUUCUCGCUAUAUUAUUUGGAGAAUAAUGGUCUAGGGAGUGUCUCCCACAUUUUGAAAAAAUAUGUCAAUGUGACGCAAGGUGAAGACGAGCUUACUGAUAAUGAAGAUAUGAAGCACAGAGCUGUAAAUAGAUGUUAGUAAAUCAG